AUGAAUCGCAUUCAUCAUUAUUAAGGAUUAGAUAGUCGCCAAAAAACUGGAUAGGAAGCUACAGAGCCUGCGUCAACAAACAACAGAUUUACAAGAAGUUUAGGGAAGAGUAGAUCAUCCUUUAAUAACAGCGUUUCUCAAUCUAUUACUAAUUCGAUAUAAAAAGGAAAGUCCUCUUACUUGAAUCAUCUAGAAGCGUACUAUAAUAUGCAUCUAAUCGAAAUUUUAGCAGGUUUGUUUUUAGUUAAUUAAGGGUUUGUCUCCAUUAGAAGAGAAGGUAGAUUUGUUGAAGAAAUGGUUGAUCAAUUAAAGGACCUGCUCUUCUUAAUAAAACAAGUCGACUUUGAGGCAUCCAACUUUGAAGAACUAUAUCAGACAGAUGCUGAAUAUUUCAGUGAGACCGUAUACAGAGACAUAAAGCAUCUAGAAUAACAACACUAUGACUUAAUAUACUCAUCUAGUUUAAGAUUUUUAUCAAAUGUUUUAUAAUGUCUAUAAUUUAAUUUCGAAAUUGAUAUUUAUGAAUUCGAUAUUCGGGAUUGGGCAUAGUAAGGAUUAGAUCACAUCCUGAAAUUCAGUGGAUUGAGAAGGUCAUUUCGUUAACCUGUAAGUUUUUGUUAAAGAUACUGCAAGUGCAUAUCAAAUUUGUUUAAAAAUAAUAGACAAAGAAGAUGA